AUGGCAGACGAAAACAUGUACGACGAGAUCGAGAUCGAGGACAUGACAUACGAUGAGACUCUGCAAACAUACCAUUACCCAUGCCCGUGCGGCGACCGAUUCGAAAUCAACAUCGAGGACCUGAGAGAUGGCGAGGACAUCGCAGUCUGCCCGAGCUGCAGUCUUCAGAUCAGAGUGAUCUUCGACUUGGACGACCUACCGAAGCCAGAAGGUGGCACCAGUGCCCAACAAAUC